AAUAAUCGAAUAUUCAAAUUUCCGCAAUGAUUAACUUCACGUGCAUCUCCCACCCAACGUUUUGUAUUGCGCACUUAUAUAAAUUGAAUUUUAAAUAUUUCUUUAAUUAAUUAAUAUAUCAAUAUAAUUGUGAUGAAUAUAACUAACUUAAACGAACAAUUCUGAGAAGUCUCUAUUAAGUCUGGACGCUAAUAAAAAAUCGUCCUCACCUAACCUAACGAAGUGGUAUUGUUAUUAAUUCCAUCCAAAAGCUCAAAAUAAAUUUCAAAACUCUUAAAUAGUGAUUAUAAUAACCCUAUUUGUCAAUUUUGACCCUGUUAUCAAAUUUAUUAGAUUGUACUAAGAUGUCGAAACAAUUAUUCUGUUGUGAAUAGUCUUAUGGUCUGAACCUAAUCAUAUUAUUCUGAAUAUUGAAAUGGUUGGGUGCGGAAAGAUUCUGCGACUGUAUCAGUCAGCAUUUCCUGAAAGUAAGAAAAGUGAUCUAUUGAAAAAACUACAAGAAAAAUAUUCUUUUAUUAACGAUGUUAAUGUGGAACUGUGUUAUCACGUUGAACUCGUCAGUGAUCUAUCAGAACAAGAUUUAAAAAAAUUGAAAUGGAUCUUGAAGUCUCCUUUGGAACUGAAUGAUUUAACAAAUUCAACAAAUUUGAAAGAAAAUCAAGGAAGGCUUUUGAUUGAAAUAGGACCAAGGUUCAAUUUCUCAACCUCAAACUCAACAAAUGCGGUAUCUAUAUGCCAAAAUUUAGGAUUGUCUCAAGUUGUGAGACUAGAAGUCUCUCGAAGAUACCUUAUAAGCUAUGAUGCUGCUUCUAUGGAAAUAUCGAAGGAAAAAAAAUAUGAGAUUAGUACACUUCUACACGAUAAAAUGACUGAAUGCAUUUAUACGACAGAAAAUAUUCCAAAAACCAGUUUCAAUGAAAAAUUAGUCAAGAAGGAAAAUAUUUAUGAAGUGGAUGUUUUGAAUAUGGGAAAGAAAGCAUUACAGGCCAUAGAUGCAGAACUGGGUUUAGCUUUCGACAAAGCUGAUUUAGAUUAUUAUACGAAAUUAUUUAAAGAUGUACUUAAAAGAAACCCUACAAAUGUGGAAUGUUUUGAUUUAGCUCAAUCGAAUAGUGAACACAGCAGACAUUGGUUUUUCAAAGGAAAGAUGGUGAUAGAUGGUACCGAAUAUGAUGAGUCUCUGAUCGAUAUGAUUAUUAAAACACAAGAUUUCACCAACAAAAAUAAUGUUAUCAAGUUUAGUGACAACAGUAGUGCCAUCAAAGGAUUCUCUAAUACUUCCUUGAGGCCUGUAAAUUCUGGAAAAGUCUCUGAACUAUGUCCAACCUCGACAAACUCCCAUUUGAUAUUCACCGCAGAAACUCAUAACUUUCCUACCGGAGUAGCACCUUUUAGUGGUGCCACCACUGGAACAGGAGGAAGAAUAAGGGAUGUGCAAGGUGUUGGAAGGGGUGGCCACUGCAUUGCUGGUACUGCUGGUUAUUCUGUCGGUAAUUUGAAUAUACCUGGUUAUAACUUACCAUGGGAGGAUAACACAUUGAAGUACCCAAAUAAUUUUGCUCCGCCUUUGGAAAUUUUGGUAGAAGCUAGUAACGGAGCGUCCGAUUAUGGUAACAAAUUCGGAGAACCAUUGAUAGCUGGGUUUGUCAGAUCUUUUGGUUUGGUGGAUUGCAACAAUGAACGGAAGGAAUGGAUCAAACCAAUAAUGUUCAGUGGGGGAAUAGGAAGCAUGGAAGCCAAUAUGAUCGAUAAGCUUCCAGCCGAAAAGGGUCACCAAAUAAUUAAAAUCGGUGGGCCAGCUUACAGAAUAGGUGUUGGUGGGGGUUCAGCAAGUUCUGUCGAAGUCCAAGGAGAUAACAGCGCAGAAUUGGAUUUCAAUGCUGUGCAAAGAGGUGAUGCCGAAAUGGAACAGAAGCUCAAUCGUGUAGUUAGGGCGUGCCUCGAACUUGGCGAUAAGAAUCCAAUCGUCAGCAUUCACGAUCAAGGAGCAGGAGGCAACGGCAAUGUAUUGAAGGAACUGGUAGAACCUGCUGGUGGCAUAAUUUAUUUCGACAGGUUUGAACUGGGAGAUCCAACGAUGAAUGCCUUGGAGCUGUGGGGGGCAGAAUACCAAGAAAACAACGCGCUCUUAUGUGGUCAAAAUGAUCUCGAUAUUCUUCGUGGUAUAUGUAGAAGAGAAAGGUGUCCUAUUAAUAUUGUUGGAGAAGUUACAGACAGUGGGAAAGUUAUUUUCUCAAUGGAUGAAAAACAAAGCGUUGUACCUUUUAAUUUGGAGUUGGAUCAUGUUUUAGGUAAAAUGCCUAGGAAGGUUUUUAAUCUAACAAGGAAAGCGAAUAUCUUAAAACCUUUAGAAUUACAGCCGAGCAUUUCCAUUUAUAGAUGUUUAGAGAGAGUGCUCAGGAUUCCUUCAGUUAGCAGUAAAAGAUACCUUACCAGUAAAGUUGAUCGUUGCGUGACUGGCCUUAUUGCCCAACAACAGUGUGUAGGUCCCUUGCAUACGCCACUAGCUGACGUAGCAGUCACUGCAUUAAAUCAUUUCGGUUAUGAAGGUAUAGCUUCUUCAAUCGGAGAACAGCCUAUCAAAGGUUUAGUAAAUUGCGCAGCUGGUGCGAGAAUGACAGUUGCCGAAGCCUUGAGCAACCUUGUUUUUGCAGUCAUUACGGACAUCAAAGAUAUCAAGUGUAGUGGAAACUGGAUGUGGGCAGCCAAAUUGCCAGGAGAGGGCGCUGCCCUCUAUGACACUUGCAAAUCCAUGUGUGAUAUGAUGUGCAAGCUAGGAAUCGCAAUCGAUGGUGGUAAAGAUUCUCUCAGUAUGGCUGCAAGAGUAGAUCAAGAAGUAGUCAAAGCCCCAGGAACGUUGGUGAUUUCAACCUACGCCCCAUGUCCCGAUGUUCGAAAAGUUGUCACUCCAGAUUUAAAAGCUCCUUCUAUGUGUAAAAGCGGAAUUCUCCUCUUCGUAGAUCUUUCACACAAUCAAAAUCGCCUUGGAGGUUCCGCACUAGCCCAAACAUUCAAAGAAAUAGGUAACGAAUGCCCAGAUGUAGAAUCGGUGGAAUGUCUGUCUAACGCGUUCAAAGCUACUCAAAAAUUGAUCAAAGAUGGAGCUGUUUUGGCCGGUCAUGAUGUAAGCGAUGGGGGACUCAUUGUUUGUUUGUUGGAAAUGUGUUUUGGAGGUAUGAGCGGUAUGGAGAUCUCUAUAAAUUACCGUCAGGGUAAUGCCAUAUCUAUAUUGUUCAGUGAAGAGGUUGGUUGGGUCUUAGAGGUGUUAGAAGAUGAUGUAGAUCACUGCUUACAAAUAUUCAAGGAAAUGGAUGUCCCGGUAUUUAAUAUUGGUAAGAGUGUAGGUUACGGUAUCGACUCCAAGAUAGCCAUUAUCGUAAACAAUUCCUGUCUCGAAAGCCGCGUUUUACCUUUAAUGCAAAUGUGGGAGGAGACAAGUUAUAACCUAGAACUUCACCAAACCGCAAAAUCUUGUGCAGAAUCAGAGUACAACUCACUCGCUCUAAGAAAAGGACCCAGUUACAAACUCACGUUUGAUCCCGAUUUGGCAUUUACCAAACCGAACAAAGAAAUCAAAGUGGCAGUAAUACGAGAAGAGGGUUCUAAUGGUGACAGGGAAAUGGCAGCUGCAUUUGUGAGAGUUGGAUUUAAGGUUUGGGAUGUUACGAUGCAAGAUUUGCUGCAAGGGGACAUUGAUUUAAACGAUUUCAGAGGAGUUAUCUUUCCUGGAGGUUUCAGUUACGCAGAUGUUCUUGGAUCUGCAAAAGGAUGGGCAGCUAAUAUAUUGUUCAAUGAGAAAUUACGAAAACAAUUCGAGAAGUUUUACUCUCGAACUGAUACAUUCAGUUUAGGUGUUUGCAAUGGUUGUCAGUUGAUGGCUUUGAUAGGAUGGAUUGGAAAAUUAGAUAAUAUGCAUUUUAAACCAGAUAUUUAUUUGGACCAUAAUAAAUCAGGAAGAUUUGAAUGUCGUUGGAGUACAGUUAAGAUUGAAAAAUCGAACUCCAUUAUGCUCCGAGAUAUGGAAGAUUCAAGUUUUGGAGUAUGGGUAGCACAUGGUGAAGGAAGAUUCACUUUCAAGAAUGAUCAGAUUUAUAAUGAACUGAUUGGCAACAAGUGUGUUGCCUUGAGAUAUGUAGACGAUGAUAAUAAACCUACUGAAGAAUACCCAUUGAAUCCAAAUGGCAGCGUAGGAGGUUUAGCCGGAAUAUGUUCUGAAAACGGAAGACAUUUAGCUAUGAUGCCACAUCCAGAAAGAUGUGUUCAACCAUUCCAGUGGCCUUACAUUCCACCACAUUGGAUCAAUUACCAGAAUAGUCCGUGGGAAAAAAUGUUCAGAAAUGCAUAUUUGUGGUGCUUAGAAUAAUACACAAAAUCGUUAACAAUUUUAUAUUUUUUUACUAAAAUGUUACUAUAUUCAGCAAUUGAACUGCCUAAUUGUCUAACAAAAAAGAAGGCAAAUUUGUUAUAAAAUUUUAUCUGAAUCUGUUAAAAUUCAGAUGAUUAAUUUGGUGCUUAACCUUUUAUUUAGGGUAAUAAAAUAUAUAUGAACUCUUAAAUUAUUUAAAGGGCUAUAUCUCACAUUGGAAAAAAAAAUAAUAGAACAAGCUGUUUAUUUUUGGUGAAGGAAUUUGUUAAAUUUCACAGUCUGUGAAUUACCAUACUUUAUAUGUAAUCUCAUUGGGAGAAUAUUUUCCAAGAUAUAUAUUUUUGUAAAAUGAUAUUAGAUAUAUGAUUAAAUAAAAAAAAUAAAAUAUUGAAUUUC